GUGAUGGCUCACCAUCGGCUCAGGAAAAAUAAUUUAGUGAACAACAACAGUGCUCCUCGAAAAAAAGCGGACAACAUGCAGAAAAAAGAUUCUAAUUCAUUCCUUAAAUAUGUUAGUUUAAUAACAUUGACGCUUCAAAAUGCUAUAUUAGGACUAAGUAUGAGGUAUGCUAGAACUCGAGAUGGAGAUAUGUUCCUAUCAUCUACAGCUGUACUGAUGUCUGAAGUCGUAAAGCUCGUCAUUUGCAUUGUAAUUGUUUACAUCGAAGCAGGAGGAAUCGUCAAAAUGGUCAACAUGAUAGACCAACAAAUUGUAAAGCAACCCGUUGACACCCUAAAAAUAUGCGUACCUUCCGUAGUAUAUUUGCUACAAAAUAAUCUUCUUUACGUAUCCGCAUCUCAUUUAGACGCUGCCACGUACCAGGUAACAUACCAGUUGAAAAUCCUGACAACCGCCAUGUUUUCCGUUUUUAUCUUAAAAAGACAGCUGCACCGUACUCAAUGGAUUUCCCUUUUGACUUUGGUUUUUGGAAUAGUGCUCGUUCAAUUGGCCCAUUCGGACGACAACUCGAAAUCGACCAGUGGCCCCGAGCAAAAUCAUUUCAUCGGGUUCAUGGCGGCGUUGACGGCAUGCUGCCUGUCCGGAUUCGCGGGGGUGUAUUUCGAGAAAAUGCUCAAAGGUAGCGACGUGACCGUGUGGAUAAGGAACGUGCAAUUGUCCUUUUGUUCUGUACCCUUCGGGUUGAUAUCGUGCUUCCUGUACGACGGGGCUACGAUCAGGGAAAAGGGAUUCUUCUUUGGUUAUGAUAAAUUCGUAAAUUAUCUGAUAGUUUUACAAGCCGUCGGCGGGCUUAUAGUGGCUGUUGUCGUGAAAUACGCUGAUAAUAUUCUGAAAGGUUUCGCGACCUCUUUGGCUAUCGUUAUCUCCUGCGUAGCCUCGAUUUAUAUUUUCGAUUUCGAAUUAUCGGUGCAAUUUACUCUAGGGGCCAGUUCGGUGAUAUUUUCUAUAUUUUUGUAUGGCUACACACCUAAAAAACCCGAUAUAUCCAGCACGUAUAAAGUGUAGUAUUCGAAAGUUGGCCGAAACGACUAGAAUUCUCGUUUCCUUUACGUAUUAGCAUAUGUAUAAAGUAUUUUAUAUCAUAUUUAAUUUCAUUUGUAAAUAAGUUCCUUUAUUUUAAAUUUAGAUAGAAAAAUUAAAUUAUUUUAACUUUUUUUAAUUAAAAGCUUAAGUAUC